AAUGAGAUUAAAUUUACAACAACAAAUUAUUCGUAUUGGUUUUUUUGCGGAUCCACCUUAUACAUCGACACAAGGUUUAUCCGAACCAAUUGGUUUUGAACCGGAAAUUAUCAAUACAAUGGCCAAAUAUUUCAAUUUCACUAUUCAAUAUAUACCUUGUGCAAAUACACAUGAAAUGUUUCGAAUGUUGAACGAAAAUAAAACUGAUUUUAAUAUCGGUGGUAUUGUUAUGACUGAUUAUAGAUAUUUACGAAUGCAUUUUUUCUUUACACAUUGGAUUGAUUAUAUUACAUUUGGUACACGGUGGCCGGAAAAAAAUCAUGUUACAUAUGAUCUUUUAUUGAAACCAUUUUCAUAUCAAAUUUGGUUUCUAUUAAUCAUCAUAUUCAUUAUGUUUAUUAUUUUAAAUCAAUUUAAAACUAGUUUAUUAAAACCAAUACAAAUACAUGGACGA